UCGAGCCUUCAAUUUCGAUAGUCGACGACCUCGACUUGAUCAAUGACAAUUAAUGGGCGUGUCGCAUGGCGAAAUGGCGCAAAAAAGAUCGCAAUAUAAAAGUCAUGUGUUUGUAAACACGGUAAAGUAAGGCUCGCUAGUGAGCUCGUUGCACCAUGACUGGCUCCAAAAAUGACAAAGCACAGCAUGUUAUUGAAGUCAAGAUUUCCCACAUCAGGCAACGUUUUAAUUGGGACUGUGGGGUAUCCUGCGUGUUGAUGGUCCUACCUGACGAGCAGAGAAAAUAUUUUAUCGACAAUUUUGACCAAGUUUGUAAAGACGAGGGAUUCGACAAGAGCACCUGGAGUAUAGAUCUAUGUUAUCUAUUGAAAAGAUUCGGGGUUACGCAUGAAUAUUGCACUAUAACCUUUGGUGUUCAUCCUGGAUACCGUGGAGAACAUUUUUACGACAAGAUACUACACAAGGAUGAAGACAGAGUGAAUAAGAGAUUUCAAGAGGCACGAUUGAAUAAUAUUACAGUAAAAAGAACGUCAUUGUUAAAUACAGAUCUCAUAAGGCACUUGACUGCUGAAGGACCGAUUAUACUCUUAACUAAUGCAAGUUUGCUGUGGUGUGAUAUUUGCAAAAAUAACAAAAUUACAUGCGAAUUACGGAACUGCUUUCCUUGGCCUGUAAGCUAUAACGGCCAUUACAUUGUCUUAGUGGGUUACAAUGACCGUAGAAAGAGAUUCCUUUAUAGAAAUCCUUCAUAUAGAGAACAUUUGUACAUAUAGGUAUAUGCGCAAUGUCCUACUACCAUAUGGAAGAAGCAAGGAAAUCUUAUGGAACAGAUGAAGAUGUUAUUUUGAUAUAUAGUACAAAUUUAUCUCCGUUAAUAAAUAGUUCAUGAUGUAGCUAAUUGAUUUCCAUAGUUAAAGAUAUAGUCACUUUUAUGAUAGGAUUUUUCAAAGGAAAAUCACUAUCACUGAGAUUAAUAGUUUUGAUAAUCAAUAUUGAAGAAUUACCUAUGUAUUUCUCAAUCUACGUUAAACACAUCGUAGGUGGAGGGAUAGAAGAUAUGCAUGUUUUUAUGACAUGUAAUUCAGUGCCUCGAUCAUUCGUUACUAAUUAAUGAUAAAUCAGUUAAAACAUAGAACAUUGAUAAUAUGACAUACCCACGUACGACUGUGCAAUUAUAUCCAGAACUAAUUAAAAGAUUAACUACCAGAUCUAAAGGUCGAAGAUACAUUAUUCUGGUUCAUGAUCUCAUGAUAAAACAAAGUGCAACAGUUCACAUACAAUGAUGAAGAUUUAGUAAUUCUUACAAAACUAUUUUCGUAUUAGAUACGUAAAUUUUUACAAAUUCCGUAGAAUUUAACAGUACUUUCCAAAUUUAAUAAACAGGGUUGUUCGAAUCUGAAAUUUUUGAAAUUACAAUAUGGAAUUUUCUCCACGGUACGCAAUUUUAUAAAAUAGUUUUUCUAUAACCACUGGGCGCUAAAAUCUCGGUUACGCUACGUUUUUUUUCUGAAGGAUUAGGAUCCCCAUUUCACAUUGAGCCAGCAGCCACUGUUGACGAAUUUCUUAGGUUAAAAUUGUAACAACCUUUGUAAUUUUUGCAUAACUUCUUGGUGAUGGUAUCAUGUAUUAUUAACAAUGUAUUAUGCAGCCUUGAUGUACAUAGGUGUUUUGAUUUGACGUUGUAGUAUAUUGGCCGGGCAGACUCCUGUGAUAAAACUACACAAGCAUAAAAAAAAAUAUAUACAAAUUUAUAUAUUAAUGUACAUGGAUUUUCAAUAGUGAUUCGAACAGCGUAUUAUAAAAUCGAUGAAUUGUAUGUGCAUAUGAUUUUUACGAUCAAUUUCAAAUUUACCUCAACAGUCAUGUUGAGUUUAUUAUGAAUGCCUAUAUACAAAUACAAAGUAUUCAUUUUUUCUAUAACUUUGACAUGUACUUAUUGCGCCUACCAUUGUUGCCGUAACUUAUGAAUGGGCAUCUUUCAUAAGUGUUGAGAAUACUUGAGAACUCUUCCAGUUCACAGUGCAAUAUCCAUUUUAUGAUCACAAGUACAAAUUGCGAACAUGCAAUUAUUUUAUAAAAAAUACAAGAACUUAAUGUCAUAUUUAUAUAGAAUUAGGGAAGAUGAGGGUGAAAUGCUUGUACGGUGUAACACAAAUUAUUGGACUAUAAUGCCUGUUACAAUAAUUAACAAGUUACGGAAUACAGUGUAAUAAAUACACAAAAUGAAAGCUAUUUUUCAUGAAAGUUCAAAACGUACAUUUUACAUAUUAUUCACUCUGACCCGUAUAGCUUCAUUGUCCUAAUCUUCUCUGUAGGUUUUACAUUGUAAAUAUUAUCGAUAUUGGUAAAAUUUGACAUAAUUCAAAUGUACUAACUAGAUACCAGUUUACAAGGGUAUUCGGAGACAAAUCAAUCGUAGGUGUAAAGAAUACGAAUAAAGUACCCAGAAUAUUUCUUAAAACUAUUUAAUUAGAUUCGAUGUACAAUGUGUGGAUUUAACAACACUAGGUAAUAACAUAAGUAGAAUAUUGUUAUGCAUUUAAUUUCUAGUUAUUUUCACCCAUAGACCACCUUUGUUAUACACGUAACUAUCGAAUUCUCGAUAUUUUAACAUAAUAUGUUGGUGGAAGCUCAGCUUUGGAAAUUUUACUCGCUACAUCCAUAAAAGUACUGAUUUGUUGUUUACGCCUUUUGUGGUUUUGCGAAACCGUUAUACUCGUGAAAAUAAAAAAUAUUAUGGUGCAAAAAAUUACGUGCCAAUUGGCUCAUGCAUAUAUUGUUACGAGUCCUGAAAACGAUUUCAAUUCUACUAAUCAUUUCAUGAAUAGAAGUUUCACCAAAGGAAAAAUAAAAGUAUCACACAUCAAAAAUAGAUGAAUUAUCAGUUAGGUCAAUGAGUAAACUGUUUUUUUUUUCUAUCCAUCGCCGAACAUAAUUAUUUACUUGAAGCGAACAUAACGUAAUUCGUUUAUGCGUUUUUUUUUAUUACAUGAUCGUAGACCACCAAUUAGCUAAAGUCGCUCGAAUACAUUUAACGAGUGUGUAUAUCUAUGUAGAAGUUAAUCUAUAUUAUCCGGUUUUGAGUGGUGGGUAAAAAAUUCAUAAUAAAAUUCCACAUAAAUUAACGUGCAGGUAUAUUUAUAUUAUGCAAAAAAUCUUACUAACGAAUGCUGCUGGAAGAAAGGAUAAAAAUAUAGAAAUGAAAGUGAUCGAAUUUUCGUCUUGGUCAAGUUCAAGUCUAGCGAAUAAACCAAAAAGAAAUUUAUCAUUUAUACAUAAUGGUUCUUGAUAAGAAAAGAACAAGUCACAAUUUGAAGAUAUCGUUGGGUGAUAAUUUCAUGAUUCACACCAUAUGUACAGACAAAUAGCUAAUACAUUACGUAAAAAUUCUCGUGUAACUCGUUUAGAGCCAGGGACUAAUCGUGAAUAGAUUCCAAUAAUAUCUAUCUGUUGAUACUUUGUCUAUCGUGCAAUAUAGUCGAUACAUUAUUUUUCGUUUAA